AAUAAGAAAGGAACACGCAAUGGCGGGAAGAUUUGGCGCCAUAAAAUGAAAACACCCUCACUUCUUUCUCUAUUGAAUAACCCUUCAGCAUCGCAUUCUUCGAUUAUCUUCCUCCACAUAAAACCAAUUUUAUUUCCUUCAUCGCCCUCUAAUUUAAUCCUUCGCUUCUCCAAAAUGGCUCAGAACAACAGCCCUGAGAUUAAGGAGCCAUCAUCCAAGAUCCCAAAGCUUGAACAAAAUGGCCAUCCUCUACCGGCUGACUCCUUCUUCAAGGUUAAAAAGCUCUCUGACAAGGCUGUUUUGCCAACUAGAGGUUCUCCUCUCUCCGCUGGCUAUGAUCUUGCAAGUGCAACUGAGGCUAAAGUUCCUGCUAGAGGAAAAGCUCUAAUCCCAACAGAUCUAAGCAUUGCUGUACCUGAAGGAACAUAUGCUCGCAUUGCGCCUAGAUCGGGACUGGCGUGGAAGCAUUCAAUCGACGUGGGAGCAGGAGUGAUAGAUGCAGAUUACAGAGGACCUGUUGGGGUCAUAUUGUUUAAUCAUUCAGAUGUUGAUUUUGAAGUGAAAUCUGGAGAUAGAGUCGCCCAGUUGAUUAUUGAGAAGAUAAUUACUCCUAAUGUUCUGGAAGUUGAGGAUUUGGAUGACACAGUUAGAGGCGAAGGAGGAUUUGGGUCCACAGGUGUUUGAUAUUUUUAACUACUUAUUUGUUGUUUCUAAUUUCUAUUUCUAUGGUCUAAUUAUUAGUUGAGUAAUUUCAGUGAACAGUUGGUUGGCAAAUAUAAAACAGUAAAUUUUAUGUUUUAGCAGUAACAAUGAAAUGAAAGAAAUUCAAAUCUGGAAUUUUAUGGACU